GCGAAAACGAAACAGACAUAUCAUUUAUCUUGGGUGAACCUUGGCGAAUAGGCGUCGAUUCAUGCUGACGCCAGAUCGUUCGGCUGAGUUUACCAGUGAUUCAGUCGCGCCUCUGAGGCAGCGAUCCACAACGUCAUCCAGAACCAGGCAGUUUCGAUGCCACGCGUGCGCACUCAUCCACGCCGCCACCAUCGGCCUUCGACCCUUGUUUUUAUUUAGACCGACUUGCUCCCAUUUCGCAUCCCCUCCACAUCUAACCAAUUGAUCGCCCACCAACCGACUCGCCACGCACAAUCAGCCAUGGAUGAGGCGGAAACGCACGCCACCUCGGCGGACUCGCUCGCGGCCGGGCACGCUGCGGCUGCGCUGCAUUUUGUCGGCGGGCACUUCGGAGUGUCGGCCGAUUCGAUAUCUAGAGCCACAUCGCCCGGCCUGACGGUAUCCAAGAACUCCGAAGACAAUGACAAGCGAUACAGGCCCCGAACCUUUGCCUACCAGCGACUUCUGCCCUACCCCGUCGAAGAUGAGAGCUAUCGCGAUGAAGCCCUGGCGGGCAUCCUCAAGAACCUCUACAUGUCCAUCAUGGCCGAGGACUUUUCGCCUGGUGCCUUGCACUGGACUAGGGAGCUGCAAGGCUGGUUGAAUCUCAAAUUUGAGAUGACGCGAGAGCUCCGUUCCAAACUGGUUCAGGUGUACUAUCACCUGGCAUUGGCGCCAGGUCUCGAUACGAAUACAGCAGACCGUUUUACAAAGAUGCUGGUCACUCUCACAAGGAGAAAGCACUACCUCAAGCCAGUAGAAGAUCUCGUUCUCGACUGGCGACCCCUCUGGAAGGAAAUCAAGGCGCUGGUUCUCCCGUCGGAAUGCCCAUCACACCAGAGCCGCCGGCGUCGAUCGCAACGGCAUCUGCUCAGGCUCUGCCUACAUUCGCAGAUAUACUUUGACCCCAGUUCAAGGCGCGAGAUGUUGGACGAGUUUCUGCCAUUCUUCAGCACAUCGGACUUGACAAACGCGUAUAUCGUUCUCGCUCUCGUCACUACCAUGCUGCCAUCAACCCCGUCGGCCUCGACCGACGAACUUUCCCAACCUUCCGAGUACUUCCCGACUCUAUUUCACAUCUGGUCACUGGUUAAUAGGUCUAAAAUAUUUGACCAGUGCUUCAUCGAUGUAUUUUCACGGAUGUCACGGGACUACUUAGGAUGCAAUGAUGUGCCUUUCUCAGAACACGGCAUCUUCACCAAGGAUCAGUCUGAUUAUAUCUUCACGGCUAUCCUGCGGCUCACCGAAAUUCCGGUUGGCCAGGCCAACUCUCCCUACACAACGCUAGAUUACUCUUCGGGUCUGGCAGUGUACCUGGAGAAGGACAAGAAAAAGUAUCCUGUGCCGUAUAUGAUUGCCCGAUGGAUCGUACACUCCUUGUCACCCCAUUGUCUGGGGAAAGAUAGUUCGAUACUGCUGAGUCUCGAGGGUCUGAUGGAGUCAAUCGACACUUUUUUCCACCCGUCAAAUCACGGCUCUUGGGCUCAAUUCCUUGGUCAGCUCACUUAUUAUCUCACUGACAUUUUCGUCUCGAGAUGGAACAGAGAGCAGAGUGGGGAGCUCAAUCUUCCGGCCGAUCGAAAGAUCAACGAUGAGCUCAAAAAGAGAUUCGUUUUGUCUCUCAGGGAAGUUACUUUCAUGGGAUUGUUUGCCAAGAGCUCCAAGGUCGCCAAUUACUACUACUCCACGUUGCAGGGUCUUGCAUACCUGCAACCCGAUCUCAUCCUCCCGGGUGCCCUUCAGCGCUUUUACCCUAGCUUGCAAGGGCUGGUUGAAGUCCAUCGAACGACGGCCAGUCUCUGUGGACUUCAAAUGAUCACCAACAUAAUGGCUCGUCAAAAGGGGUUCAGAUGCCAUAUAACAGCGUUGAUGGCUUUAGCACUGCCCGGCAUCGAUGCGAAUGAUCUGGGGAAGACGCAAUACACACUGAACUUUUUCCAAAGUGUGGCUUACAGCAUUCCUUUGGUGUCCCUUAUCAAAGAGCAUGACGAUGUCCACGACACCUCACUUGCCAUGCAGUUUGUACAGGGAGAGAUGGAUAGAAUGGAGCAAGAAGGUCAAGAUGUUAAGAUCAACUACGACGAGGAGCUCACCGACGAGAUGGAAGAAGCCAUUGUCCGUUCUUCCACGGCUGGGUUUGGAGAAUUCAUCAUUGCGUUGCUUGGCAAAGUCUUUACCCUCCUAGAGAACCUCCCCGACUCUUCACACCUGCGAACUGGCUCUCCCGAGGACAAUGUCAUCAAUACCUUGCCGGCGGCAUUAACCCCACUUUUUGCUUCUUUGUCACCAGAGCUGUUUGAGAUUGCUCUCGAGAAGCUCUCAAACUUUGUUUCAACUCACGUCGUUCAUCAGGCACGUGAUGCCAUGGCCUGGAUAUGCAAUGCUUUGUGCAAAGUCAACCCGGAAAAGACGCUCAAGGUCUUCAUUCCGAUGCUCAUAGCCAACAUCCGCAGCGAAAUUGACGACAACGGCGCUGCGUCCGAUCGGAGCAGUGGCACAGAUGUCUUGCCCCGAGAUCGCGCUCUUGUUUGGCACGUCAGCAUGCUGAGCAUGUGUGUGGUUCAUGUUGGCAAUGAGGUGUUGCGGUAUCGGGCCGAGCUCCUGGGCAUCGCCCAGUACAUGCAGGAAAAGUGUCGCGGACUGCCAACUAUUCACAUCUCGAAUUUUGUCCACCAUCUUCUCCUGAACCUUACCCAUACCUACACUCUCGACAACGCGCUUUUCGAGCCGGAUGUCAUCGCCAAGGGCCUAGGAGUUGAACACUGGGGUCGCGUCACUGCCCCUGCAGAUCUCACCAUCCACUGGCACCGUCCAUCUCGGGAAGAAAUCGAGUUUGCUGUUGAGUUGUUUGAGCUGCAGGCACACGCGGCAUCAAAACGAUUGGAGACUUUGAUGAGUGACGACUCUCCAAUUGCAAGAUCAGCGAAAAACAAGGAAUGGAGUGACGAGGUUUCGAGAGUCCUCUCACGGAUCCGCCUGGUGAUAUCCGGUGUGUCGGCUCUUUUUGAUCCUGAACGAGUCGUGAACCACAAGGCGAACGGUCAUGUCGCUGAACAAGAUGACAGCAUGGAUACGGACGGCGACACCGCGAUGGACGAAGAUGACGACCCUCUGGCUGAAGCAGCAGAUGAUGACGAACUGAAGCGAAAAUACAUUUACCCCGCGGGAUAUCUCCUGGAUCGUAGUAGUACUCUUUACGAGCAUAUCCAUCAACUACGGGAAGACAUAGGCCGCACUCUCUCACGAACGCACCGUUUCCUGAUUGCCGAACAGGAAGACGACGUCCCGUGCUUCACUGCUCUAUAUGCAGCGUAUCGGACAUGGAUAACAGAUGUUGGCAUUGAGAGAUCUGCGCAUCCGCUUGAGCGCCUCCUCCGCCUCUACAAGGCAGACGUGGGCCCGUUCAAGGUGAGCGGACUACGAAAACCUUAUCCCCGUCCUCUACUCGUCAAGCGAGCCGAUGCAUACCAGCUCCAACGCGUCAAAUACAACGCAUCAUACCGUCAAAAGGGCGAGCUCGACAAGCAGCUUCUGCUAGAUCUGGCAGAAUCCUGUACCUCCGUCUACGCAGACGUGCGUAGGGUUGCACAAGGUUCGCAGGACUCUUCCUUGAAAGUACUUAUUGGCGGGAGGCCACUAGUCAUUCCAAUGCUACUCAAAAAGCUUCGCAUUGCUCUUGAUGAAGUCAAUCACGAUCGCAUCAAGGGUGCCAUGUAUACCUUACUCUUCACUAGCCUUCUCAAGACGCUUAUGAAGGAUUGGCGGUUCGCCAGUGAUUUUAUGAGAAUGUAUCUGGAGACAGCGAAUGUGGAUAAAGCAUCCAUACAGGCAUUAGGUUCCACCGCGCUCUAUUCUUUGAUGGACUUUGGUAGACCGCUGGAACGUUUGAUACUCAAGGAUGACUCGAUCAUUGAUGGGAUCAAGCCCGCCGACGACUGCUCUGCGCGGAUUAAGAAACGGCACAAAUUUAUUCUAGAGCGUCGUGCCAAGGUUGAAGCGAAGAAGUCAGCACUAGGCCUGGAGCUUACCGAGAUGGCACGGGUGAGCCAUUGGAAGGUGGCGACGAGGUGCAUUCUGUUUGCUACAAACCUGAGUAGCCGAUUUGACACUAUUGCACCUCCCGAGUACAUUGAUCUCGUCGUCAAGGGCACCAAUGAUCCACACCCGGGUCUGAGGAGUGGCUACCAGUCGGCGUUUAGUACGCUCUUCACUACUAUCGAUAUGCGCGCUGUCUAUGAUCACGAUUAUCGCAAAUUCCUGGCCGAGGAGGUCAAAGACCAGCAGACAAUCGAAGUCCAAGUGCCUGAAGAUGAUCCGCAGUGGACAGACCGCUUCCUCAAAGGCUUUGAGGAUUACGAUAACACUCCAGACUUUUACGUGGACACCGACCACCCCGGGUGGCUUGUUUGGGGGAAGAAAUUCCUGGCUAUGCGAUCCCGCCCAUUGCCCUUUGAAGAUUAUGAUGAUGUCGAGAAGGCCGCACGAGAGCAAAUCGGCAAGUUGCUGGACAAAGACUGGUUCAAGCAAUGCUUUGAGUACAUGAAGCAAGAGCCUAGGGACAGUGUCAAUGAUCGCUUUAGGAUGCAAAACGCUAUUCUGUUGAUUCACCUCUUCGAUCUGAUGAACUACAACGUCACCACGGUCAAGCUGGAAGACAUUAUCGAUCUCGUCAAGGAUGUUUAUGGCGAUGGUAGUGACAAACAUCAGCAUCGAGCAACAUCCGAAAUCCUUGGAGCUCUUUUGUCGGGAAGCGCUGAAGACCCGAUAGAGAUGCGGGCCAAAAUUUGGAAGUUCGCAGCUCCUUGGAUGUUGAAGAUUCUAGCCGAGGACCUAACGCCAGACAAUUUGUCUUACUGGAUGACAUGUCUCCAUGUCAUAGCUGACGCCAAAGACCCCCGAAAGUUCCCCGAGUUCAUGAAGAGCAUAGGAGCCUUCAGGUUGGAUAUGAGCUCGAACGCGGCGUUCAAGGAAUCCUCGCAGUUGCAGCUGCUGGAGUUACUGAUCAACAAUUCAGGCUGGCACUUCCGUCACGAGAAGCCUAUUCUUGAUGACUUCCUCGCGCACAUUGAUCACCCCUACAAGUCGGUUCGCGAGUCUAUUGGCAGGGUCAUAGCUACGAUUUACCGCAGUCGAUACCACGAGUCUUUCCCUAACGUUGAUGCCCUUCUACGAGAAAACAAAGAAGCCUCGUCUAUAGGCAUCCGCCCGUACCAGCCCAAUUCCGAAUUCAAGGACACGAUUAUAGAGGUCUUUGAGCGACUUGAAAAGUGGCGCCACGAACGUGAGCCUGGACAGCAGACCCCCUCCAGCUACACUUCGGGCUCCAAGACGGUACUCGCGUGGCUAGAUACGAUGCUCAGUUCACAUGAGUGCACUCAGCUAGUCCAAUUCUUCCCGGAUCCGUUCAUCAACCAACUCUUGCACAUGAUGGAUGUCAAAGAGGACCCAGAACUCAUGCGCCUGGCAUACCACGUGUACCGCCAUCUGCCGAACAUCCCAUUGCGGGAGGGAGAGGAUGACGCCUUCAUAAAAGCCCUUAUCAAGGUGGGCCGAUCGGCUUCGUCGUGGCACCAGCGGCUUAGGGCACUGGUCAACAUGCAGGUUGUCUACUUCAGGCGACUAUUCCUCACGGCGCCGCCUCAGAGAGCGCUUCUAUUUGACGCUGUCAGCAACAUGCUUGCAGAUGCUCAGCUGGAAGUUCGCGAUGGCGCAUGCGCAACACUGGCAGGCAUGAUUCGCUGUUCCCCGCACGUCUACCGUGAGCCUAUCAUCCACAAUCUCAAAGCUCGGUUCGAAGAGCAGUUGAGUCAGAACCCAAUGCCCAAGUCCAGGCGAGCUUUGCAAGCUUCGGGCACAUCUUCGGGCACAGAGACUCCAGUGGAUAUUCAGGCUCAGAUCAGGGCGCGGCAUGCCGCGGUCCUAGGCUUGGGCGCAUUGAUUGAGGCAUUCCCGUACCUUACCCCGCCGCCCAAGUGGAUGCCCGAGGUGCUGGCGCUUUUGGCGAGGAAUGCGGCUAGUGACCCUGGCAUCGUGGGCAAGGCUACCAAGACAAUCUUGGCAGAGUUCAAGAAGACGCGACAGGACAGCUGGGGAGUUGAUCAAAAGUACUUCACCUCGGAACAGCUCGAGGACUUGGAGGGUGUUCUCUGGAAGAGCUACUUUGCCUAGGGUGGGUUUCAUCUGGACAGUCAACCAGAUUUUAGACCAAGUCCAUUUUGUAUCUUUCCAUAUUUCUCAUGCCCUUUGGCACUUCAUGAUGGAAACAGCAAAUUUUUAGUCUUUGUAACAUUUUUUUUUUCUGCAUGCGGUGCGGCGAGGGGUUCCUGGGGUGUAUACGGACGGACCGGAUUGCAUGCCCACAGCGCUAGGAGAAUACGCUAGAUGAAUAUCUACAUAUUCGAACAUGGCUUGCAGUGAUUAGUAUGAUUGGCCGUGGUUUAAAGCAAGAUGCACUCACAUAACUUCGGUAAG